CAAUUGUUGUUUUCCUUCAGAUUGAGAAUGACCCUGUGACAGUCGACAGAGCGAGGUUUCUUCGCUUUGUGUCAACAUCAGCUGUUUUGUUUAGCUCGCGCGUGAAAUGACAGUUGUGAAGUUGUGUGUGUAUGUUUCACAAAUCGUCAGUGACGUGAGUGAAAAUGCAAGUCCUUGACAAGUUAAAUGACAUGUGCUCCUGAAGUGAAAGAUGAACGGGAGUUUAGCAAUAUUACGUGGCCCUGAGCAACAUCCAUCUAGGUUCGCGGAUUACUUUGUCAUCUGUGGCCUGGACAAGGACUCGGGCCUCGAACCCGAUAAAUAUUUUGGAGAUUCUUUGCAUAGUACACCGUUAGAUCGAGCAUAUAAAAGUAAAGUUUUAGGACAUUAUCCGGAUUCCGUGCCAUGGAAUUCAUUCGACGAACAUGCAGUUUGUAUGUUGUGUCUACCGAGUGGCCUCAGGUUUCGCACUCAAAAACAUGCGGUGGAGCCAACAUUUCACUCUUUUGUUCUCACAAAAGAAGACGGACACAGAACAUAUGGUUUCAGUCUCGUUUUCUAUGAAGAAUGUCGAAAUCGGAAAAUCUGCGCCGCUAUGCAAACACUCCAAGCCAUGCACAUCACAGAAUUAAGCAGUGGACAAAAUGGCUCAUGCAAUGCAAGUAGUGAAGAAGAAGAAAAUUUUCUUUGUAGUCAGAAGAAAGGUCAAGAAAAUCAUAAUACAAGAUCAUUGCCAAGACAUUUUAAAUUAUCGGCUCAUUCACCUGGAGCAGCUUUAGCGUAUUAUGACUCUACCAAAGACAAAUUAUUAGUAACCAAAUCGAUAAACUUACUCUGCCAACAACCUUAUCUUCACGCUGCACGAACUUUUCUCACGAAUCUUUACAAAUGCGUUCCUCGACAUCCAGGACCAGGACUUAGUUUGGAAUCUUAUGUUUAUAAUCUUCUUUAUAACGUUCCGGUUCCCCUUUCUGGGAAAUCGUUAAAAUUUUUCGUCCCAAAUGAUGAACCAGCAAAAUCGCCAUUGGAUUUGGUGAUUUAUCAACCUUCUCUCUCACAAGAAUUACCACUCCUUGAUUAUCCAAUAAAGGAUAUGUUUUCUUGGUUGGGGGUCGAUGUUGUUAUUCAAUUGUUCACCUGUGUCCUUUUGGAAAAUCAAAUUUUAUUAAGGAGCGCCGAUUUUCAUAAAUUGAUGGUUGUCUCUGAAUGUAUGACUGCACUACUUUUUCCCUUCUCUUGGCAACAUGUCUAUGUUCCUAUCUUGCCCGCCAGUCUUUAUCAUUUUUUAGACGCCCCUGUGCCUUUUAUUAUGGGUCUCCACGCUCAAAGUGAAGGAGGAAUUUUGAAAAUUGCCAGCGAGGCGAAUUUAUGUUACGUGGAUAUUGACAAGUCGACGAGUCAAUUUCCUGAGGAAUUACCUGUUUUUCCACAUAAAAUGCAAUUCAUUGCUGAAAUUCGAUCUCUUCUUAACAAAUUUAAAGUACCUCAUUUGGAAAAGACUGAUACUAUUGUUAUGAAUUAUCUUAAUGGUGAUAUCAUGACGAGUAGUUUAACGCUUCCCGGUUCCGGAAUUCAUCUUCCCCGAAGAAAACAUUCCUUACAUGAUGUUCUUGAUUGGGAUAGACCUGAACCUCCAAUGCAAACUGACGCCUUGCAAAGAAUUGUUGAUAUUGUCAAAAGAACAGGUGUCGCUUUAGAUGAUAUCGAAACAGCGGAAAAUUUGACAAAAACUCAAAAUACAACGUCCCACGAGGAAUAUCAAGAAACGCUCAUUUUUAAUAAUGCGAUACGGGAAAUUUUUAUGAAUCGCUUUGUUCAACUUUUCUCAAGUUAUGACCAUUUUGUUAUUCAUCCGAGUCAAGAUAAGGACGAGUGGCUAAAUAAUCGGGACAGUAUGCAUGUUUUCGAUAAAGCAACAUUUCUGUCUGAUCAACCUGCUCAACAUUUGCCCUUUCUAUCAAGAUUUCUUGAAACACAAAUGUUUGCCUCACUCGUCGACUGUAAAGUUAUGUCAGCUUGGAAUGAAUUGGACUUCAAUAUUCGACUCUUCGAUCAGCGAAUUUUUCAAUUAAAAAAGAGAGUUGGAGAGGGAAUAAUUCGAUCACCUCGAUAUGAAGUUUGCACGAGUAUAACGGAAACGCAGAAUUUAUUGGAACAAAGGCUGACUAAUGUGGACUUCGAAGCAAGUCCUCCGACUGAAAUAGUUCCACAUAGAGCUGCAUAUUUUCGAAGUUUUCCUCUCCUCGAUAGAACGGCACUCAACAAAGAACCCGCCCAAAGCAGUAGAAGAGGUCAAACUCAGUGGAAGUACAAAAUGAAAGCUCUCGAGUCAAAUGGAAAAACAGCAACACCGCAAGAAACUCAGUCGCCGAGACCGCAGUCGAAAUUUUCCGCCGACAUGAAUCCAGCUCUAAUUGCUCAAACAAACUGGACUUUCGUUGAAACAUUGUUGAGGGACUGUAAAUCGAAAACGAAACGAAUGUUGGUCGAGAAAAUGGGAUCGGAAGCUGUGGCUCUGGGACACGGAGGGGAAUCUCUUUCGGAUGUAGAGGAAAACACAUUGGUCGCCAGUCUCUGCGAUUUACUCGAACGUGUUUGGAGUCACGGUUUACAAAAUAAACAAGGAAAAAGUGCUCUUUGGUCCCAUCUUAAUAUGUAUCAGGAACUAGAAGAUGCUAACGAUACUUCCAAAUCAGUUGAUGCGAAUUUUCUAUCGCCUGCUAAGAAACCUUCGACUAACUAUUUUGGGUUGACGGACCGUUUCGUUUCGUCCUUAAAGGAGAAAAACAUUUAUAAAAUUGCUUCGUAUAUCAAGAACAAUUUUAACGAUUUAUCAAAUCUGGCUUUGGAAACGGACGUUUCUCCAACGAGAGGAACAGAAAGAAGUAGAACGCCUGGUGAGAGGAAAUCAAUUGGUCCUGAACAAUUAAGACCGCUUCCCGAAUCAUUGAUCUUCGAUAUUCGAAAUGUUCAAGCGAUGACGGAUAUAAAAACUCAUAUUGGAUAUGCCAGAGCUUGGGUACGACUCGCACUAGAGAAAAAAUUACUCUCGCGUCAUUUGAAGACACUUUUAACCAACACUGGAUUGUUGAGGAGCCAGUACAAAAGAUCAGCAUUUUUGCGCUGUGAAGAGGAAAAGGAGCAAUUUUUGUAUCAUCUGUUGACGUUGAACGCUGUUGAUUAUUUUUGCUUCACCAACAAUUAUCCAUCCACAAAAUUACCAUACAGAGUUGUAAUAUUUCCGAGCAGAAAAGCAAGCGCAGCAACAACAUCAGCCAAUAGUUGGAUUGCCAUUUCCGGUACUCUCUGCGAAACUAAUCCUGUCCCAAUUCCAAGAGGAGCACUGGAAUUUGUCUUUCAUCACAAAAAUUUGGGUGUGCUGUCGACUUUACGAAUUGGUCACGAUAAUUCGGGAGUGUCUCCAAAGUGGAUGGUUGAACAUGUUGUAGUGCGAAACGAAGUGACAGGACAUACUUUCAAGUUUCCUUGUGGACGAUGGCUUGGUCGAGGUAUAGACGAUGGUUCGACGGAAAGAUUAUUGGUGGGAGCUUUGGUACCGAAAAGUAUCGACAGUGAGGAAUUGGUGGAAACAUGUUCAACUCCUCCGAGAUGCAGAUCUCCGAGUAUUCCUAGAAAACCUUCUUUGUCUCAAAAUGAACUUCAACAUAUGCUCGGAGAGGCUGUGAAUUCCAUAGUGAAAUUUCAUUACCGCAGGGAUCCACAAGACGGAUCUUUGACUGCAUUACUUUGCGGUGAAGGAGGUCUUGUUCCUUCACUUGAACAAAUUUUUCUCUUUGGAUUCAAAAAUCAGAGGAUAUUUGGUCGUAACUUUUUUGUAUGGGAUUAUUUUUUGCGAGUGAAAGAAAAUUUUGAAAUGAUCUUGCUAGAAGAAAUGGAUCAAUAUUCGCAAAGACUUGGUAGAGACAGAAGAGGUCACAUGGAAAGUAGUCAGAGAUUUGCAAUUCUGCGAUGCUAUUGCCACUUGAUCGAUCAAAUAAAUACUUUUAGUCAAACACUUGGAAAGGAUGGAAAAUUCCAGUUAUUUGUUUGUCUUUCCGCAAGGGAACAACUUUUGCAUCCAAUGCUACGACCGAUGAGCGAGGCACGAAGUACAGUGGAAAUGUAUGAAGAACUUUCCUUCCUUAGAAAUGUAACUUUGCUCACGUUUCUUAUUCAAAUUCUCGAGCCUCUCAGUGAAUUUCACAUCGUUCUUGAAAAAAGUCUCACUCAUGGAAUUUCCAGUCUUUGUUAAUUCAUGGAUCUUCCAACGAAAUUUUUUCAGUGGCUAAUUUCCCAAGGCAGUACAACAUUAGUUUUUAAGAAAAAAAAUAUAGAAUUAGAUAUUGUUAAGGAGGAUGAAAUACUUUAAAGGGAUAAAAAAACCGAAAGCUUCGUAAAUGGAAAUUUUACCAUCUUUUGAAUUGAAAAUCAUUUUCAGUGAGAAAUAUUCAAGUUGGGAAUCGAAAAUUGUGAUUUUAAUUCGAAAGCGUUGACAAAAAUUAUUUGUCUCUGAGUCCUAAGAUGAAACCAAAGAUAUUAUUUUGCACUAUUUCGUUACCGCGUGAUUGACAUUAUUAUUUUACGAAAUACUCAUUUUUAUUUGUUGUUGAUCUUUUUUUUUCUUUACACGUAUAUAAGUGAGAAUCUCGACAAAGAUUUUAUGUUCUAUUUUCUUUCCGCACGUUGUGUUCAUAAAAAAAUGAAAUUAAUUUCUUAAAUAAUUUUUUAAAAAUCUUUUUUCUUUUACUUUAAUUUCUUUUAAAAUAAACCGAAAAUAAUUUUUCAAUUUUCUCUUUGAUUUAUUAGACUUCAAAGUUUUAUUUUUUCUUUUUUUUAGAAAAAUGGAAAAGAAUACAGCUGACUGAAUUCUUAUAUUCUAAAAGAUAUUGUAAGUUAAAAUUUGGUUAGAUAGUUUUAUACAAGAUGCUGUUUCAAUCGUCGCUCUUAGAUGAUAGUAGUCGUCUUUAUAUUACGUAACAAAAAAAUUUAUUCAUUUUGAAAUUUUUUGUAACUUUUUUUUUACGUUGCGUUACAAUUUUUUUCCUUAUGGUCCACUAUUAUGAUAUUUUUAUGAAAAUUCUGAAAACAAGUUACGUAAUAUGUAUCGAGAGCGAAGAGAAUAAUGUCUUGUUUCUUCUAGAAUAAUUUUUUUUGUUUAAGAAAAAAAUUUUCUACCCUUUUUAUCUGAUGUUUGUUGGUUAGUUGUAAGUGCAUUUUAAUGUCCUGAAAGCAUGUAAAAGUGAGAAAUAAACGGAUUUUGUACAUAAAAAUACGUCCAAAUGCACAAUAAAAAAAUAGUUAAUUUAAUUAGUCAUAAAAGUGAUUAUGGACCAAACGUAACAGCGAUUUGGUGAAAGUGAGUGAUUCUUUAUGCUCUCUACUCUUUUAAACAGAAAAUUCAUUAAAGCUGCCCAAAAUUUGAUUUCAUAAAAAAUUUAAGAAACAAAGAAGCGUUUUAAUAAUAAUCAAUUGUUAUUAAUUAACAGUUGAGCUCCAUUUUUAUUUAAAAUAUUUUUAAAAAUUUUGUUAACUUAUUCUUCUUUUCAAUUUUAACAGAACUUUACUGUGACUUUGUGCCCAAAUGUCAAACUCAGGAAUGAUUUUAUUCGUUCGAUAAAUGUUGUCAUGUGCCAAAACGGGCUUUUCAAAAAAUAUAAAUUUUAUUUCUCAGUAUCAAAUUGAAAACAUUUUUUGUCUCGAUUUUUAUUUUAUCAAGAAACAUAAAAAAUAAUUACCUAGAUAUUUUUUAAUUGAUGUCUAUAAUGUUUCUUUUAAUUUUUUAUAAUUUGCAAAUAAAAUGUAAGUACAGAAGAGAUGCUAUUAGAAUUUAAGAUUAUGUGUCAAGAAUAAAUCGGAACUUUAUAUUUCAAUCUCGAAUUUUUCCAAUAACUUCGGAUUUGUUAAACAUAAUAAUAAAUAAUUAAUAACAAUUAUAAAAAUUAAUAAUAAUAAUAAUAAGAAUAAUAUAAUAAGAAUAAUUAGUAGAUUAAAAUUACAGUUUGAAAUUCUUUAUUGUAACAUUUUAAAGUAUAAUUUUUGUUUCAAAAUGAAUACGAGUCUAUAAUAAUUAUGUGAAAACUUGUUUAAUUAAAUUCUUUUCGAAAAGAAUAAUUUUUAAUCAUUACAUAUUUAAAUUGACAUUAUAAGUUUGAGAUUCUAUAAAUAUUUUUUCCUAUUUUUAUUGAAAUAGAAGACAUUCUUCAAUUUCUGAAUGAUCUGCAAAAUUGUGUAAAAUUAUUCGCUGAAUAAAAAUCAUUAUAGAGAACAUUUUAAUUGUAUAUUUACAAAGAUGUUUUAAUAAGUAAAAUAUUGUUGUGCACUUUGUAAAUAAAGCAUAUACAUAACUUUAUUGAAUUGAAAAAUAAAAUCCGAAAUUCACUUUGAGAAGAAUGUCUAUUAUGUGAUAGAGAUUAUAUAGAUGUAAAUAAAAUAUAUAUGUAAUAGAAAGAAAAAUGUACAGUAGAGUAAAAAAUAAUUAUAUAACCUACUCGAAAUAUAUUGACGGUGAAAAAGGUUAA